AUGUAGUCUAAUUGCAUUCCUAAUACUUUAUGUCAUAGUAAGAUUGUAAACAAUAACCAAAUCAUAGAAAAUACUUAAUUAUCUUUGAAGCUAAACGAAGAGUAAAACAAAAUAUUAAGACAAUAGUAACAAUAGUUUAAGCAAGCAGAUAAGUUUAUCGAGAUAUUAUAGAAAGAAUAUUAGGAUUGGGAGACCCUUUAAAGUUCAAUUUAAGUGUAUUUAUGUUAAUAAGAGUAUAUUGAUAUUGUCAAAGAUCUUAAAAAAAGAAAAAUAAUUAAUGAUGAAGAAGCAUCUUAAAUAAUAAUAUAUAUUUAAAAAAAUCAAUCUCUUUCUAAAUAAUUUGAUAAGGUUUUUCGGUUAGGAUUUUAUUCAUUUGAAGAAUUUUUACAACUAAUAGAAGUUUAAUAAUUAGAAUAGGAUAGAGUAUUAGAAUUGAAUUUAAAAGAGUUCGACAAUUUGGUUGCGAAUAGACAUUUUAAUUCAUCUAACUUAAUUAGACAAACUUUUCAUAUUCUAUCAACUUAUAGUUAAAUAAAUGAAGCUAACAAAUUUUCUUUAUCCUCAUAAAUUGAGCUGAGUGAUACGAUUCUUCUAUGUAAAAAAUUUAUGAAAUAGUUUAACUAUUAUCCCAAACCUAUUUAACUAUUAUCAGUUUUAGAACUAUAUGAACAUGGGUCAAAAGGAAGAAUAGUAGAAAUUUAUUCUGGAGAAGGGAAAACAUCAAUAAUAGCACUUCUGGCAAUAUUAUUAAUUAAGAAAAAACAAAUGAAUAUUGAUAUUAUAACCAGUUCACCAUCUUUGGCUAUUCAAAACACCAAAUAGUUUAAACAAUUUUAUUAAUAAUUUUCAAUUUCUGUUUCACAUAAUAUAAAUGAUUAAAAUAAGCUUAAUGAAGAAAUUAAUUCAUACUAUUAAAGUCAAGUCAUCUAUGGAGAUAUUUUGAGUUUUUAAGAGGGUAUUUUAAGAAAUAAACAAUAAAAAUAUGGCUCAAGUAAACAUAGAAUAUACGGAUAUGUUAUUUUGAAUGACGAGAUUGAUUCUUUGAUGAUUGCAGGUAAUUAAAUGCAUUCAGAUAUUAAUAAAACUGAAAUUAAAUAAAAUAUUGCAUUAUCGAAUUUAUAUAAAGAACGGUUGUUGGGAAUAACAGGAAGUUUAGGUUCAAAAGCUCAAUAAAAUUUUUUAUCAAAGCACUACAANAUAUAUAUAUACAUAUGA